CUUCCACCAGGAAAUGAGGACGAAACAUUCGCCAGGUGAGCGGAAAUUCUCGAGUUAACAGGGCGAACAUAAACGGAUUUCCAGUUGGCUGACAUCUGGUCGAGAACAAGCAAGACAAAUUAAGCAACAGAACCAGAUGUAAUUCUUGAAAGGUCAUAAACUGACUUCAAGUUAGGUUUCCUGUCAAGAAAGGAUUUAUCUAAAUAAAACUAUGGAUGCAAGUCAUAAAAAUCUUCUAAGGAAGCAUCGUGCAGAGCUGGUAAACAACAUCAAAGACGUGGAUUCGGUCCUGGACCAUCUGGUGUCUGAAGGUGUCAUAGAAGACGAGGAAGAGAAGGAGAUCAAAGACAGGGAAGAAGUCAAGGCACAAGUCCGGAAACUCCUGACGAUUCUUGCGGAUAAGGAGGGCAACUCUUUCCACUCCUUUUGCACGGCGCUAGAGAACAGUCGACACAAACGGCUCGCCGAGUUACUCAAGGGCGACGGUACAAAGAAAGGAGAGCGCGUGUUCAUCAUCCAUGCAGGCGAAGACAAGGCUCAGUUUGUGGAACCACUUGUCCAGGCUCUUCAAGAUGAAGGCCUGUCUCAACAAGACAUCUUCUACGACGUCUUGUCCAUUGAAAUUGGUGACAGCAUCCGCGCCAGGAUCAUGGCCGCCAUGGCCAGUGAGAGUCUGGAGCUCGUGGUGACGGUGUUGAGUCAAAACUCGCUAAACCACAAGUACUGGCCCAAACUGGAGCUGGAGACAGCCCUCAGGCACAACAAGCAGCUCUUCCCCGUCUGGCUGGACGACAACCAGGAUGACUUCCAGGAGUUUAACGGUCUGGUCGGUAAAUAUUGCCCGACGUUAAAGUCACUCCGAGGGUACAAGGUGCCACUGGGUAACGCCAGGGAGGAGGUUAAGAAAGUCGCGAUGGAGAUAGUGUCCAAGCUAAUGAAAACCAAAGCACCAGGGUCAGAUGUGCCACAGAAUUUGACAAACCAGAGAAAACGAAAGCUGGAAGGACCUUCAGGACAGACGUUAAAGCAUCCAAGGCCCGGUGAUUUUUCUACUGACGAAGAAUCACCAUUGAAAGCGGAAGACUCAGGGGACGACACAGCUGUCCUCUCGCCCACGGCGACAACCACAAAUCGUCUGAAGGCGUCAGACGGAGGACAACCAUUAACAACUGCCGUACAACAAGUCAGCAUUGAAAAAGUUACUGAGAAGCAGGAGGAAGAAGGAUGCGAAAAGAUCACGCCUCUAGAGGCCACGAACCCGUCUCCUGAACCUCAACAACUGAAGGACAUACCGCUGCGCGGCUACCAAAUGGAGCUGGCAAUACCAGCACUAGAGGGACGGAACACCAUCAUCUGUGCACCUACCGGGAGUGGCAAGACUCGCGUCGCUAUCAAAAUCACUCGGGAACAUCUAGAAGGUUCUACAGUCAAAGGGGGUGCAGGCGUAAACGUACAACGGCGAGUGGUGUUCUUGGUGAACAAAGUACCUCUGGUUAAGCAGCAGUACAGCGCGUUCGUGGAGUAUCUGAGCCGCAAGUACAACAUUCUGCCCCUCAGUGGCGAGACUGCCGCUGACAUCCCGAUCGGAGAGACUCUGAUCGAACAUGACGUGAUCAUCCUGACGGCGCAGGUGUUGGAGAACGCCCUGAGGGACGGACUCAUCACGCUGGACACCUUCUCCAUGCUCAUCUUUGACGAGUGUCACCACUGCCAGAAGAACGACCCGUACAACGCCAUCAUGACCAGGUACAUCAAGCAGAAGUGGGAGGAGAAGAGCGGCACCAGGCUGCCACAGAUCAUCGGCCUGACCGCGUCUUUGGGUACGGGGAAGGCGAAGAGUCUGGAGGACACCGUGGAACAUAUCCUGAAGGCGUGCGCCAACCUGGACGCAGAGUGGAUCUCCCAGGUAGUAGAGCACAAAGAUGAACUACUGGAAUAUAACCAGAAACCAGACGAAGAAGUGAAGGCUGUAAAUGGACGGAGCGAAGAUCCAUUUGCAAAUGUGAUUAACAAAAUCAUGGCGGACAUUGAAAAAACCCUGGCUAUAAAAGCAUCAAAGCAUCUGACGCCAGAAGAUCUGAAACCACCACGGCAAAGAGAAAGUCAGUCUUAUGAACAGUGGGUGGUGACCUUAGCAAGGAAUGGUGCAACACUGAAGGAUGAUCCUACUAGCCGAGUCAUUCACGCCGCUACAAACCACCUCAGAAAAUACAAGGAUGCUCUUGCCAUCAACGCCGACGCGCGGACCAAGGACGCCCUGCAGUACCUGGAUAGGUUCGUGACUUGUCUGCCAAAGGAAGGGUUUGACAGCACUGAUAAAGAUCUGGUGAAGCACUUCACAGAGACAAGAGGUGAGCUACAGGAAUAUGCUGCAGAUUCAAAGUACUCCAACCCGAAGCUGGACCAGCUGAAGUACAUGAUCCUCCAGGCGUACGCAGAGAAGCCUGACUCCCGCUGCCUGCUGUUCUGUAAGACCCGUGCUCUCACCAUCGCCCUGCUCACGUGGAUGCAGGAGGACGAGGCCCUCCGCGAGCUCAACCCGGGAAGGCUCGUCGGUGCUGGAGCGAGAGAGAGCACCGAGGGCAUGACCCAAAAUCAGCAGGUUGAGCUGCUGGAGCUGUUUGUCACUGGAGGUCACAAGAUCGUCAUCUCAACCUCCGUGGCAGAGGAAGGCAUAGACAUCGCCAACUGCAACUUCGUGUUCCGCUAUGACUAUGUCGGAAACGAGAUAGGGAAGGUGCAGACCAGAGGGCGUGGUCGUGCUGAAGGCAGCAAGUCUGUGCUUAUCGCAGGAAGAGAAGGUGGAAAUAUCGAGAAAGAAAAGUUGAACACUAUUCGGGAGAAUUUGAUGGAGAAGGCUAUGCUCCAUGUUUAUGACAUGCAGAGGGAAAAGCACGACGACUUCAUGAAGGAGGUCCGACGUCUGCAGUUGAAGUCCAAGAUGGACAGAGAUAUGGCACUGAUGAUGAAGCCGGAGGGGAAAGCCAAGAAAGUCAGUGGACAGGGGAUGAAGCUGCUCUGUGUGAAGUGCAAGGGGUUCGCCUGCAAUGACAGCGACUUCCGCAAGAUCGAGGAGAAUCAUCACGUGGUGGUGGACAAGGCAUUCCUCAAACGGAUCAUCAUCACACCUCACCAACCAAAGAAGAUUGACGACUGGGAAAGGAACGGAAAAGUAUGGUGCAAGAACUGCAGACAAGACUGGGGAAUACAGAUGGUGUACAGACAGGCCAGCUUCCCCACCCUGAAGAUCAAGUCUUUCGUCUUGGAGAAACCAGACGGAACGAGAUUGACCUGUCGUAAGUGGAAACAAGCCCCAUUUGAAGUCGGUGACAUCACCAGUGACGACAUUUCAGGGAUGUUGGACUCACCAGAGGAAGAAAAAUUAGAAGAAAAGAAAGAAGAACCAAUGUACUACUGAUAUUCUAGUGAUUUACAGCAGCGUUUGCAGAUUAAACUGUAGCAGUAGUGCAGUAUCUUAGCUACACCUACUCUCCAAGGUUAAGGAAUAGUACACGACCAUACUGCGUAAAACUGUUGAAUGAAUGAGUUAAAUGUUGUAAGGCUAACACAUUUCCUGGGUGUUGUUUCCGAAAACAAAUAUUUAAGACGAUUGUCGAUUACGUUUUUUGUCAUAUACAUCUGUAAUAUUUUACCAAGACAGAUAUUUAAGAGAACGGUCGAUUUUGUUCAUUUAUGACAAAUGGAGUGGGAAGCUGCCUGUAUAUGAACGCCAUGGUGAGACCAAAAGUAUGUGUGUGUGAGUGUGUAUUGAUAUUAUAUUUAGUUUAUGUAGUGAACCAUCCCGAUACAUGUGUUAUUUUCCUUUUGAGUUAUACUGAUUACGUCUGUUCAGUUUGUUUUGUUUUCAUUAGUCAAAGAGAUAUUAUGAUUCCAUCACCCCCACCUUACCCAGAUGACACAUCCCAGAGGCCAUGACACAGGUACAGCUUCAAAUUUCCAGUUUUAAUUGUAAUGGUAUUGGUAACUUUAUUAAAUGUGGGGAAGUUUUUACUUGGCUUAGAGAUAAACCAUAUAAUAUUAUUUGUCUUCAAGAGACUCACUCUACCCUACCUGUUGAGACCAGAUGGCAAAAUGAA